CAUAUCUCUGUCGCUCUUCUCUGAAAUUCCCUUAUACACUCUUCGUAUACCAUCACGCUUCACCGGAUACCUCUUUCAUCACCCAAUCCGCCUGCAAACCCCUCAAUCAGCAGAUUCCUUCGCCCCACCGACGAUCCACUUCGAGGCGCUUCUCUCGGGCUCAAAGUAAACUUGGGUCAAAAUAUCGAACGACUACUCUUCUCCUCAAUAAAUCACACAUACACAUCCCUCACGAUGGCGCCCGGCAUCACCAUUGACAACACAUCCGACUUCUCGUUUGCGCCACCAUCGGCCAAGUCGCAAGACAGAACUCUCCUCCUCGCCCCACCUUCGAUCGCCUCACACCCUGACGCCCUCAACAGCAUUGUCGAGGCUCACGACCGCAAUGCCACCGACAUCCAGAUGCUCGAUCGUCUCGCGCUCGGUCUCGUCUCUCUUCCCGCAUCCACAUACGAUCUCGUCCUUCUACUCACAAAUGUCGAUGGAUCACGCGAGCCUCUCAACAGAGCCAUUAUUGAGAAGUUGGUGCCUUCUCUCAAGGACGGAGGAAAGCUGAAGAGCCAGGAUGGCCAAUUCGGUACAUCGGCAUCUGCUGAGCAGACGGAGGCUAUCCUCGCUGGUCUCGUCCAGGAUGUCAGUGGCGGCAUGUCAAAGCCAGCACAAGCCGCCGCGCAAACCGUCACCCUGAGUUUCGGAAAGAAGAAGAAGGCAAACGCAGCAGCUGUACCUUUGAACAACAUCGAAGCUAUCAACAAGACCAUCACCGAGACACCUCAGCCCGCAGCUCCUUCAGCGCCCGCAGGCGUAGGUUUUGACAUGGGCGACGACUUGGAUGUAGAGUUUUACGACGAAGAUGAAGAGAUGGAAUUGCCCUCGAAGGAAGAAUUGCUCGCCGGCUCCUCCAUCGACCCUAACACCCUCCUCAGCGAGGAAGACCGCAAACGCCCCAUCAACAUUCCCGAAGCCUGCAAGCCCAAUGGCAAGCGAAGACGCGCAUGCAAAGACUGCACUUGUGGACUUAAGCAAAAGAUUGAUGCAGAGGACAAGGCCAAGCGUGAGGCUGCCGACAGUGCUUUGCAGACUAUGAAGUUGGAUACCGAUGAUUUGGCAGAGGUCGAUUUCACCGUGCAGGGCAAGGUUGGCAGUUGCGGUAACUGUGCUUUGGGAGAUGCUUUCAGAUGUGACGGAUGUCCUUAUAUUGGACUUCCAGCUUUCAAGCCAGGCGAGGAGGUGCGCUUGUUGAACAACGAUAUCCAGCUGUAAAUGUGUGUCUUUUCUGUUCCAUAACGACAAGGAGUUUUACCUGGCGCAUCCGGCGGUCUGUCUGGCUUUUUCUGAUAUGACGAGCGGCGACUCUUACUAGUUGGCAUAGCA